AUGGAUGAGAACGCGAGUGGUAUUGUUUGGCAGCGUGAGCACAUUGGACGGAAUACAUUGUCACAAAUAGAUGGUGGUAUGGGUGCUACAAGUGACUUGGAGCUAGUCAGAUCUUUCUACAAUGGCUUUGAAAUGUGGUGGCUAGCUGGAAUGCCCAUCACGCUCGUGUUUGUGCUGACGCUGUUGAGUUUCUCACUGGUCUCGGGCUUUAGUGGCUUGGAAAAAUCGAAGUGUUGGCGUAGAAUACUACAAGUGCCGAUUUUGCGACUUGUGGGCUGGUUGAGUGGACCUUUGAAUGCAGAUUAUGCUGGACUGGAGAGGAAGAAGACGAGGAGCUCAAUGUUGCGAGGAGAGCUUAAGAUUCCUGGUCAUAUUGCAGUGAUCAUGGAUGGCAAUAGACGCUAUGGGAAAGAAAAGUACGGGGAGGGGGUGAGAGGACACUCGGACGGUAGUAGGACGCUUGUGAAUUUUACAGAAUGGUGCAUCGACGCGGGCAUCAAGGUGCUGACGGUAUUUGCAUUCUCGACAGAGAACUGGGAUCGGGAGCAAGUGGAAGUGGACGCAUUGAUGACUUUAUUCAACCAAUUUAUGCAUGAGAUUGUGCCGGAGGCACUGAAGCGACAUGUUCGCGUUCGUGUUCUAGUGUCCGAUGGACGAAAGCUUCCGAUGUAUAUUGUUGAGGCCAUUCAAGAGAUUGAGACCAAGACGCAGCAUUGCACCAAGUUUAGUCUCAAUCUCUGCGUGAGCUACGGCGCACGUGACGAGAUUGUAGGUGCCUGCAGGAAAAUAGCUACCGAGGUUGCGAAAGGCGAAACGUCUGUUGACGACAUUAACGAGGACCUGCUCAGUCAGCACAUGCUCACAGCCGGUCUGCCGGAUCCGGACAUUCUCAUUCGCACAUCAGGCGAGCUGCGCAUCAGCAACUUUUUACUGUAUCAAAUUGCGUACUCGGAGCUGAUUUUUAUGGACAAAAUGUGGCCAGAGGUGACGCGGGAUGACGUGCAAGGCAUCAUCCUUGAGUUUAAUCGCCGUAAGCGCCGCUUUGGCAAGUAA